AUGUCGUCGUGGGUUGUCUCCACCACCGAGCUGUACGAUUGCGGGGCCCAUGGGCCAACAUCAUCCUCGGCCCCAUCCUCGCGGCACACGCGACUGAUCCUGCUGGUGUGGCACAAUCUCGCCGAGAAGUGCCAGAAAUUCGGCAGUUUUCUCAGGCGGGAGACGAAUAAGCCCCUGCCCAAAGAACUGCGGCGAUCGUUACGUCUCAACAAAUCGGCCAGAAGAAAAGGCUAUCGGAGUUGCGAAAGCGAGGCAGAUAAACGGUUGAUGAAAGAGCGCUUAAACGAGCCCGUCAACAUAUCCAUUCGCAUGGGUCCUGCCUAUGACUAUAGACCAACGAAUUUCUAACCAAUCUGCAAAAGGAUACUAGGAAAUAAAAAGAAAAUAAUUUAAUUAGCUCACUUUAAAUUAAAUAAAAAUAAAUUAAUUCAGAUUAGUAAAUUUGGGGAGAAAAUACAAGGAGUUAUAGGCAAAAAAAAAACAAAGAUACAAAAGUAUUCCCAAUUAUUUAUCUAAAGAAAUUUAAUCGAAAAAAAUUAAUGUUAAAUAAUAUUAUUUAUAAAAAAAGAAAAUUGUCAUUUCCA